AUGAUGACGAUGUGCCGUCUGCUGUGCGCCCUGAUGGUGCUCGCCCUGUGCUGCUGCCCGUCCGUGUGCGCUACAGAGGAAGAAGAUGCAACCGAAAAAGAAACCGUUUCAAAGGAUGACGAGAAGGAGGACCCAGGCCAUGUGACGGAUCCGCUUCUUACAACUUCUCCUUCGCCACAAAGAAGCCAGGAGAAAAAAGGGAAGGAGAUACAGAAACCAAAUACACCGACUCAUACGUCACAGGAAACGGCUACAGUAACCGGAACGGCACAGUCAAAAAGUAAUUCCAAUAAGGUACAGGAACAAGAAGAUGGGCAAUCCACUAAUGAAAAGACUGAAAAUACGAACACUAACACGUCAAAUGAACAACAUAAGGAAUCAAAUGCACCAACUACGACGACCACGACCACCACUACGACUGAGGCACCAACUACUACGACUACGGAGGCGCCAACCACGACGACCACCCGCGCACCGUCACGUCUUCGCGAAAUCGACGGCAGCCUCAGCAGCUCUGCGUGGGUGUGUGCCCCGCUGCUGCUCGCCGCAUCCGCGCUGGCGUACACCGCUGUGGGCUGA